AUGUGGCUAUACAGUUGGGUGGGGAUCCUUUUGAGUGGACUGUUCGACAUCACGGCUUUUUCCAUCAACACCGAUAAUCAGAUUUAUGAACCACAAAUAGGAGUAAAUUAUGAUAGUUGCACGGUUGGGAAUGGGACGUACUUCCACGGCGAGACGUUCAAGCUCGACUGCCGAACGCAGUGCGUGUGCCAGAAUGGCCGCCACGCCUGCUCGACGCUGUGCCCACACGAGAAUUUGCCACCACCAGUCGACACCUCGAUAUGUAUGGCACCGAAGCUGGUCGAGUUGCCGGACCAUUGCUGCCGGGUGUGGCUUUGCGAGCAGCCUGCAACCGAUGUGAACGCGACCUGUUACAACUCGUCCACCACGCUGUGGUCGCCAUGUUCGCAAAGCUGCGGUAUCGGAACGUCGACCAGAAACAUCACCACCACGCCUGGUUGCCAGAAGCUCAGCACGAUCCGGUUGUGCGAGAACCACCGGUGCAGCCGCGAGGGUAAUAAUUACUACAUCACCGAGAGCAAACCGAUCGCGGCCGCUGGCAGCGAAGAGACCGAGGGCAUCUCUAGCGAGGGCCAUCACAGCGUCAUCAACCGUAAACAUCGCCCGUACGAUGGUGGCACCGGUUACGUCCCGAACAGCAUCACCCUAGUGGGCGAUAACGAACAUCGAAGGCGGAAGGGCCAUGAGUGUCGGAGCAUCCAGCGGACGGCGUCGUCGCGGUUGCGGCUCGGGCCGUGUGUUUCGCGGAAGCUGUACCGACCAAAAUCCUGCAGCUUGUGCCAGGAUUCCAGCAUGUGCUGUGUGCCUUCAAUAACCACUACUAUUAAGGUUGAACUUCUGUGCCCUUUGAACUCCGGCGAUCCGUUCGACUUCAUCGAACACGGUUACGACCUCUGGGACAGUGCGUCGAUCGAUCCGCUCGACCAGGAGAUGCUGCAGUCACGCCAGAUCCACAUCGAGAACAAGUUCGUCGACGUUCAGUGGGUGCUGAAGUGUGAAUGCGGUCCGAGGAGCAAAAACUGUCACCCACGGAAGGGAAUGGGCGCGUCCUCGAGUUCCCAUAGAGCGCCCGAGCCUUCCAAGGGACCACUAGCGAGCCCAGCGGGAGCUACAGAGCCGGUGGGAAGCAACAGAACCACCGUGUAUCGAUCGUCACCGGACACGGCACGUCCGCGCGACCAGGACGUGACCCGGGAAAGCGACUCAACCCCGAAAGACAACAACAACGCGCCAAACACCGACUACUACGACGCCAGCCCGGCCACGACCCGUAAGGCUCGCAAACACGCGGGCCACCAUCGGCGCCCUUCGCACCAUGGGGCGCAUCAUCGGCAACUGCACCGGCAACUGCUAAGGCAGAUGCAAUGGAACGAUGCCAGCCAGGCCAUGCAGAAUGGCAGUGCCGAGCUGCUGAAGCGGGUCCAUCGAACAUAA